GAUCCGUUCCGGCUGUUUCUGCGACUGCAAAUGCAACAGCAUCUGAAGAAGGGGAGACGAAGCCGGCGGUGGCUGUAGCUGCCGCUCCGGCGGGAGAAGGCCCAGCAGCAGAAGCCGGUUCUGGAGAGCCCGAAAGUGGUGUAUUUCAGAUUAUGCUCCUUUCCGCGCCGUGCAGGUCUCUCGGAGUCAAGGUUAUUCUGUUUGCAGCCCUUCUACUCUGACAGAGGUCUCACUCGUCAAGCAGCAACUCGGAACUAUUCCAGAGGGCGGGGGAUGCUAACAUGGUUGAUGUAAGUGGUGGCUUGGAGACAGAGUCCUCGAAUGGAAAAGACACAUCAGAAGGUGCUGGGGAUACUUCAGAGGUGAUGGAUACCCAGGCGGGCUCUGUGGAUGAAGAGAAUGGCAGGCAGUUGGGAGAGGUAGAGCUGCAGUGUGGGAUAUGUACAAAGUGGUUCACGGCAGACACCUUUGGCAUAGAUACCUCAUCCUGUCUACCAUUCAUGACCAACUACAGUUUUCACUGCAAUGUGUGCCAUCAUAGUGGGAAUACCUAUUUCCUCCGCAAGCAAGCAAACCUGAAAGAAAUGUGCCUUAGUGCUUUGGCCAACCUCACAUGGCAGUCCCGAACGCAGGAUGAACAUCCAAAAACUAUGUUCUCCAAAGAUAAGGAUAUCAUACCAUUUAUUGAUAAAUACUGGGAGUGUAUGACGACCAGACAGAGACCUGGAAAAAUGACUUGGCCAAAUAACAUUGUUAAAACAAUGAGUAAAGAAAGAGAUGUUUUCUUGGUAAAGGAGCACCCUGAUCCUGGGAGUAAGGACCCAGAGGAAGAUUACCCUAAAUUUGGACUUUUGGACCAGGAUCUUAGUAACAUUGGUCCUGCUUAUGACAAUCAAAAACAAAGCAGUGCUGUGUCCACCAGUGGGAAUCUAAAUGGUGGAGCCUCUUUUGGAGGAGGAAUUGCAGCAGGUAGCAGUGGAAAAGGAAGAGGAGCUAAACGCAAACAGCAGGAUGGAGGGACAACAGGGACGACCAAGAAGGCCAGGAGUGACCCUUUGUUUUCUGCUCAGCGCCUCCCCCCUCAUGGCUACCCCUUGGAACACCCAUUUAACAAAGAUGGCUAUCGGUAUAUUCUAGCUGAGCCUGAUCCCCAUGCCCCUGACCCUGAGAAGCUUGAACUUGACUGCUGGGCAGGAAAACCUAUUCCUGGAGACCUCUACAGAGCUUGCUUGUAUGAACGGGUCUUGUUAGCACUACAUGAUCGAGCUCCCCAGUUAAAGAUCUCUGAUGACCGGCUGACUGUGGUUGGAGAAAAGGGCUACUCAAUGGUUCGGGCUUCUCAUGGGGUACGGAAAGGCACCUGGUAUUUUGAAAUCACAGUGGAUGACAUGCCACCAGACACUGCAGCCAGACUGGGUUGGUCCCAGCCUUUAGGUAAUCUUCAGGCUCCUUUAGGUUAUGAUAAAUUUAGCUAUUCCUGGCGGAGCAAAAAGGGAACUAAGUUUCACCAAUCCAUCGGAAAACACUAUUCUUCUGGCUAUGGACAGGGAGAUGUCCUGGGAUUCUAUAUCAAUCUUCCUGAAGACACAGAGACAGCCAAGUCACUGCCUGAUACUUACAAAGAUAAGGCUUUGAUAAAGUUCAAGAGUUACUUGUAUUUUGAGGAGAAAGACUUUGUGGAUAAAGCAGAGAAGAGUUUAAAGCAGACUCCUCAUAGUGAGAUAAUAUUUUAUAAAAAUGGUGUCAAUCAAGGCGUGGCUUACAGAGAUAUAUUCGAGGGUGUUUACUUCCCAGCCAUCUCACUGUACAAGAGCUGCACGGUUUCCAUUAACUUUGGACCAUGCUUCAAGUAUCCUCCAAAGGAUCUGACUUACCGUCCUAUGAGUGACAUGGGCUGGGGCGCUGUGGUGGAACACACACUGGCUGAUGUCUUAUAUCAUGUGGAAACAGAAGUGGAUGGGAGGCGGAGCCCCCCCUGGGAGCCUUGACCUGGGCCCUCUUGCCUUGCAGACAUGGACUUUCUGGGAAAUAAUAUUUGGGGGGGGGUGGGCAAGUAGGGGGUGUUGGUUUUGUUUUUAACUGACUCAAAUAUUAUCUGGAAGAUGCUAUAAGCACAGCAUCUGCUUUCAGCCAGUAAAGGGCUGGGAGGAACUGGGAGAGGCCACCCUUUGACAUGUUCCCCACUUUUGGCGACCCCUCUUAUUUUAUGUGCCAACCACGGCUGACCCUAGGAUGCCAUCAGCCACCUGUGAAACUGGUGCUGUGCCAUGUAUCCUACCAACUAGGACUUGCUCUUUUUUUUUUUUUUUUUUUUGAAGGAGUGAAUGCUGUUACCCAAGAAACUAACUUAUUUAAUGGCAUUUUUUUUUUCUGUCAGCACUGACUUUUUUUUUUUUUUUUUUAUCUCCCCUGAUUUCCAAGGAAAAUAGUGGACCUAUUUCUGAAAAACAACGGAAAUCGGUGGCUAUACAUUCCAAAUUGUCAAAAAACUCUUUCCUUUUGGUGUGGGUUUAUUUUUUGUUAGUCAUUUGAAAUACAUUUCUAAACACUGAGCUCUCUGAAACCACUGGGUCUCUGGAACUGUAAUUGUGAAAGGAACUUGCUUGCAGCUUUAACCAAUAGAAACUCUUCCAAAUAAAACUUGCCUUCAAGUUUG